AUGGCCGCCUAUCGAGAAGUUCGCCGGUACCAAUGGCCGGAACUGCAGCUGAACAUCUGGGUGCUGAUCGUGCUUGUGGGGUCGGCCACAUGCAUGGGCGUUUUUGCCUGGUUCAUGGCGGUGCAGUCGCAGCUGCAGCUGGGGGUGCCGUGGCUCUUCCCGUAUAUGGUCACCGUCGGCGCCCUCGGCGUCGCGUUCGUCAUCCUGAUCCUCGUCCUGGUUGCGCAGCGGUUCCUGAUCCCCGGCAUCAUCAUUCUCGGCAGUUUCAUUCUCUUCGUCUUGUGGUUGACGGGGCUGAUCGAGACGGCGCUGCAGCUGUACGGCGGCACGGCCAACGUCAACUCCAACUGCCAGAAUUACGUGACGAACCAGCCGUACAAGGGGAAUACGCUCGAGGCAUUGGCGUGGUUGACGCAGAAUACUAUCUGCAACUGCUGGAAAGCCGCCUUUGCGUUCGAAGUGGUCAACACGACGUUUUACUUUUGGAUGAUGGUCAUGGCGUGGCAGGUUCACCGUGAUGCUUUAUGA